UGUGUGCUGGAGAUGUGCAGUUCAUAUUUUGAAUAUUUGAAUUUUCCAUGAAAAUAACAUCAAACGACAUCAUAAAAUCAGUGGAAGAUUCAUCUGAAAAGACCUCAGAAAUAUGAUCCACAGCAAAUCUGAUAGAACAUUUUUUAUUGAUGCUUCUAAUCAGAACUUGGACACUAUUCCACAGGAGAUCUUAGAAUUAAAAGAAUUAGAAGAAGUGCACCUGGAAAACAACCAGAUUGAAGAAAUCCCCAAGGCUAUCCAGCACUUGAAGAAUGUCAAGGUCCUCUACCUGAACCAGAACAGGCUGAGCGAGCUGUGCCCCGAGCUGGGGAAGCUGAGCCGCCUGGAGGGGCUGGACCUGAGCGACAACCCGCUGCAGCCCGCCUCGCUGCAGGUGGUCAGCAGCAUCCGCUCGCUGCGCCAGCUGCGCCUCUACCGCACCGAGCUGGCCGAGGUGGCCAUCGAAAUCUGCAAACUCCUUCACCACCUGGAGCUGCUCGGGCUGUCGGGAAACCACCUGAGCGCCCUGCCCAUGGAAAUCGUGAACCAGACCAAACUGAGGGAGAUCUACCUGAAGCAAAACCAUUUUGAAGUUUUCCCGCCCGAGCUCUGCGUGCUCUACCACCUGGAGAUCAUCGACCUCGACGAGAACAAGCUCACGGCCAUCCCCGAGGAGAUCGGGAACCUGACCAGGCUGCAGAAGCUCUACGUGGCUCACAACAGCCUGCACGCGCUGCCCGAGGCCCUGUGCCAGUGCAGCAAACUGUCGGUGCUGGAUCUGUCCUACAACCGCCUGCACUUCAUCCCGCACACCCUGGAGGGGCUCCUGGACAUGACGGAGCUGGGGCUGAACGGGAACCCGCUGGAGAAGGUGCCGCGCCUCGUCUGCCGCUGGACCGCGCUGCACCUGCUCUACGUGCGCGCCACCGGCCUGCGCGCGCUGCGCCGCUCCUUCCGCCGCCUGGGCAACCUGCGCUUCCUGGACCUCAGCCAGAACCACCUGGAGAGCUUCCCGCCGCAGGUGUGCUCUCUGAGGAACCUGGAGAUCCUGGCGCUGGAUGACAAUAAGAUCUGGCAGUUACCUUCAGACAUCAGCUCACUUUCAAAAUUGAAGAUCCUUGGACUAAGCGGGAAUCAGUUCUUUUUCUUCCCGGAAGAAAUCUUUUCUUUAGAGUCUUUGGAGAAAUUAUACAUUGGGCAAGAUCAGGGAGCCAAGCUCUCCUAUGUGCCAGAGGACAUUGGGAAACUACAGAAUCUUAAAGAGCUGUAUAUAGAGAACAACCAUCUAGAGAGCUUGCCAGUAACCUUGGGAUCAAUGCCUAACCUGGAAAUCCUUGAUUGCCGCCACAAUCUGCUUAAGCAACUUCCAGAUGCCAUCUGCCAAGGACAAGCUUUGAGAGAAUUACUGCUUGAGGACAACUUGCUCACUGAACUUCCAGAGGAUUUAGACGGUCUAGUGAAUCUAAAUGUCCUGACACUGAUGGACAAUCCCAUGGAGGACCCCCCAAAAGAAGUGUACACCAAAGGCAAAGAGGCUAUAUUCACAUACCUUAAGGAGAAAAGAAAUAUGAAAAUAACAGCGACAAAGGUAAAAUCAUCAAACUUUCUGGAUAAUAUAUUCAUAGUUGCUUUGGAGAGGGGUUAGUGUUAAACACAUUACAGAUUAUCCAAUGGGGCUGCUCUUUACACAUCUAUACCUUGUCCUUAAGAGUAGAGACUCUUAUUUACUUACCCAGGGCUAAGCGAGAGACUUUUGAACACCACCCAAGCAUUUUUGUCUUUUAUGUUCCUUAUCUCCUUGUCAGAUAAGAAGCCGACAACCAGGCAAAAGAACCCCAAAUUUCAAAUCCUAAAACAAUCUAAAAUUCUUAGACUAUUCACUGGAGUGAAAAGCUGAUGUUAAAGUCAGUAAGAUGAAGGCUGAAAAAUUAGAAAUGAAAGCAUUUAUGGAGCAGAGGUCUAGAGACCAGAGUUCUGCUCUGCCGCUAACUAAUCAAAGGGCUAAGAGCCCUGGCACUCCCCUUCUUGGCCACCAAGC